GCCCUCUCAGCCCGCGGGGUCCGCAGCCGCUGCAGCCCAGCCCGGCCCGGCCUUCCCGGGCCCGGGGGAGCUCCAGCGCCGGGGCCGCUCCCUCUCGGUGCCCGGGGGCUGCGACAGCCGCUGUCACCCGUGAGCUCAUCCCUGUCCCAGGGAUUUGGGAACGGCUGCUGUCACGAUGCUGGGGCCAGCGCACACGGAGUGAGGCUGCGUCAGAGCCAGAAGGGCCAAACACGAAUUCAUGCGCCUCUCAGCUUGCUUUUAAUGAAGGGAACAACCUGCCUUAUCUGUCCUGCACGCCCGAGCACUGAUCAGUCACAGGAGGAGCGAGAUCUGCACUGGGAGAGGCUGUGCAGGAGAAAAAUUCCCAGCUGCUUUUGCCACCGUGGUCUCUAAAGCUCCUGUGUUACAGUGUUCGUGGCUCUGCCUCCUCUCCCCUGGAAGAUGCUGGGAAGGAUCCUGUGCACGGUGUUGUUCGUGGGAGCCUUCCCAUCCCCAGCUGGAGCAUCCCAGGGCCACAUCUCUGUGGUCCUGCUGGGAGCCACAGGUGAUUUGGCCAAGAAGUAUUUGUGGCAGGGUCUGUUCCAGCUCUACAUGGACCAAGUGAGCAGUGGCCACAGCUUCACAUUCCACGGGGCUGCCCUGGCAGCUCUGGAACCAGGGCAGAGGCUGAUGUUUGACGUGCUGAAGAAGCUGUCCUGUCCCCCCGACGAGGCUCCCAACAGGUGUGCAGUGCUCAAGGACCAGUUCCUGAAGCUGAGCCAGUACCACCAGCUAAAGACAGCUGAAAACUACACAGCUCUGAGCAGAGAGAUAGAGACCCUGCUGCACCAGGAGGGGCUGAAGGAGGCUGGGAGGAUCUUCUACUUCUCGGUGCCACCGUUUGCCUACACGGAGAUCGCCCGGCACAUCAACAGCAGCUGCCGCCCCCCUGCCGGAGCCUGGCUGCGUGUGGUGCUGGAGAAGCCCUUUGGCCACGACCUGGAGUCGGCCCAGCAGCUGGCUGCAGAGCUGGCAGGCUUCUUCAGGGAGGAGGAGAUGUACAGGGUGGACCAUUAUCUGGGCAAGCAGGCUGUGGCCCAUAUCCUGCCUUUUCGGGAUCAGAACCGACAGUUUCUGGACCCGAUUUGGAACCGACAUCACGUGGAAAGAGUGGAGGUUGUCUUGAAGGAGACUGUGGAUGCUAAAGGCCGCACCAGCUUCUACGAGCAGUACGGGGUGAUCCGGGACGUGCUGCAGAACCACCUCACCGAGGCCCUCAUGUUCCUCAUCAUGGAGCUCCCUGCCAACGUCAGCAGUGCCCAGGAUGUGGUGCAGCACAAGCUGCAGGCGUUGCAGUCCCUGUGGGGCCUGGAGAGGAGCAGUGCCGUGCUGGGGCAGUACCAGGCCUACAACAGCCAGGUGCAGGAGGAGCUGCAGGAGGCACAGGGCUACGUCAGCACCACACCAACCUUUGCAGGUGUGCUGAUCCGCAGCGACAGCCUGCGCUGGGAAGGGGUCCCGUUCCUCCUCACCUCCGGGAAGGCUCUGGACGAGCGGGUGGGUUACGCCCGUGUCCUCUUCAAGAACAGAGCCUACUGCACUCAGAGUGGCACCCUGAGGGACUCAGGGCACAGCCAGUGUAAACCCAAGCAGAUCAUCUUCUACUUCGGGCACGGCGCACUCAACACCCCUGCAGUGCUGGUGAGCAGGAACCUCUUCCAGCCUGUCAUGCCCAAACACAGCUGGAAAGAAGCAGAGGCUCGGUCAGACCUGCACAUCUUUGGGCAGCCGCUGUCUGAUUUCUACACCUACAGCCCUGUGAAAGAGAGAGAUGCAUAUUCUGUCCUCAUCUCCAACAUCUACCACGGCAGGAAGGAUUUCUUCAUCACCACGGAGAACCUGCUGGCUUCCUGGGCCUUCUGGACACCUCUGCUGGACAGCACCUCCCGCCAGCCCCUGCGCCUCUACCCCGGGGGCGUGGAGAACCAGCACCUUCUGGACUUUGAAAUGGUGGGUGGGGGAGUGGCGUUCACCCUGGCAGAGCCAGCGCAGCUGCUGACCCCCAGCGGGCAGAUGCCAAGUGAUUUCAGGGCGAUCCAGUCCAAAUUCCGGCACAGUCCCCUGGUGUCGGCGUGGGCCGAGGACCUGAUUUCCCAGCUGGCGUCCGACAUGGAGGAGGCGGCGGUGAGGAGCGUGGCUCGCUGCGGGCAGUUCCACCUGGCCCUGUCGGGCGGCUCCAGCCCCACGGGGCUGUUCCAGCGCCUGGCCAGGCACCACUUGGGCUUCCCCUGGCGGCACACCCACGUGUGGCUGGUGGACGAGCGCUGCGUGCCCCUGACCGACGGCGAGUCCAACUUCCUGGGGCUGCACAGGCACCUCCUGCAGCACGUCAGGCUGCCCUACUUCAACAUCCACCCCAUGCCCGUGCACCUCAACCGGCGCCUCUGCGUGGAGGAGGACGGCGGCGCCGAGCUCUACGCCAAGGACAUCGUGGCCCUGGUGGCCAACGCCAGCUUCGACCUGGUGCUGCUGGGGGUGGGCACGGACGGGCACACGGCCUCGCUCUUCCCCCGCUCCGAAAACGGCCUGGAAGGGGCUCCCACCGUGGUGCUGACUGAGAGCCCUGUCAAGCCUCACCAGAGGAUGAGCCUCAGCCUGCCCCUCAUCAACAGGGCCAGGCAGGUGUUUGUCCUGGUUUUGGGCAAGGGCAAGCACGACAUCACCACCCUGCUCAGCAGAGUGGGCCGCGAGCCCAGGAAGUGGCCGAUCUCGGGUGUCAGCCCCAGCUCUGGCCAGCUGGUGUGGUACGUGGAUUACGAAGCUCUGCUGGGCUGAUGCAGUGUCCCUCCUCCCUUGUCUGCCUGGCCUUUACAGCCCGGAUUUUCCUGCACCGUGUCCGUGUUCCUCUGUUACCGGCGGCAGCUUCAUCCCUGGCACCUCCAGCCCUCUGGGAGAUCCCAGGCCUGCAGCUCCUCUGACAUUUGAGCCUGGAGAGAGCUGGGCUCAGUGUCCAGAGCUCAGGAGGAGCCAAGAGCCCAGGGCAGCAUUUCUGGCUCUGCUCUGACUUCUGACUGACUCUUUGGACAAGUGACCUCACCUUGAAGUGCCUCAGUUUCCCUGUCAGGCCUUUGUGCUUAUUGGCAUGUAACUACCUCAGGGGCACUAUGGGAGACUCCUUACAUCAACUGCCUGCCAAAUUCUUUGAAAUGGUAUGGAAUUCUCAGGCUAAAAGACAAUAACAACACAUUCAUCCCCUGCCCUGCUCAGUGUGGCUGGGCCAGGGCUGAAGCU